UUGGUUUACUUCCGGUGUACUUGGUAGGGGAGACCACUGUCGAAUGUGAUUUGUGGAUAGUGAACUACUGGUGCUGAUUUUACCUUUGUUACAAGUUUUAAGGAGAAAUGACAAGAUGGUGAACUGCUCCAUCUGCCUGGAUGCCAUCAAGACACCGACAUGUUGUAUUCCAUGUGGCCAUGUGUUCUGUAACAUGUGUAUCGGACGAUGGCAGAGACAGCACGCGUACAACGGCACAACGAGGGACUGCCCACAGUGUAGAUGCCAGAUAGAACAAGCUCAGAUCAUCAGGUUUGACACCUCUGAGGAAGUCAAUGAUAUAGAAUAUGAUGAUGCUGUUGACAAUCCAUGGGAUGUGUCGGAUGUUGGAACAAUUUUAAAAUCCUUAGAAAAUAUAUGGAAAAGGAGCCAAGUGAGACAAAUUUUAAAAACAGGACAAGCCAGAAUACUAUCAUAUGACUGUGUCAAAUGUAUGUGGGACUGUGCCAGGAAUGGCUGGAACAAUGGGAAACAAUUUGUUGGAGAAAUCCAGGAAGCUGAUGGUCUGGAGAACAAACUUAACCUUGUAAAGAUGCGUCUACAUCAGGGCUUCAGUCAUUGUAAACACCGAGUGAUGCACCAUCCACUCACAGAGGCCCUGAAGAGGAAGUGGGCGGGCUUGUCUGAGGACUGGAAACAUGUACUAGCCAUUUCCCUGGCUGUGCUGGUCGUCCUUCUCCUGGUGGAUGUCCAACAUAAAGAUGGACUCAUACAGUCUGUGAUCUUUCCCGUGUUUCACACGUUUUUCUUCAUCUUUCACGAACUCCUGGCAUGCUUGGUUUACAUCGUAGUCCGUCCCCUGUAUUGCUCAUUUCUAUGCACUAUGGAAGUGGCCUCCACCUUAGCAGACGUAACAGUGGAGACACUGGUAUCUGUUAUACAAAUGAUUAUGGCUUUCAUCGUUUUACCAAUGACGAUGGCCCUAGGUUUGAUACAGGUUGUCACAGCGACUGUUGGGACAAUUAUGCGGACGUUGAUACCUCUGUUUAUCCUUCUGUAUUUUAUCAGCCCUUCUGUCCAGCACCACUGUAGAGCUGUCCUGGCCAGGCUUCAACACCAAAACCAUAAUCAAGAACAGGGCAACUGAUAUGAAGAUGAGAUUGAAAUGGAAAUACUGUGUGCAUCCCAUAUGUUUGUAAGGCAGAACCAAAUAAAUCCUGUGGCUGUUGGGUGUUUUGACACAAUAGCUAUACAGUAUAUGCAUUAGGAGUUAUAUUAACUUCUCCUGGUUUUGUCCUCAAAAAUAUUGUGUAACUGAAACAUGGGGUAGGAAUAUUUCUAUAAGGAGUAGCAUAACAUAGUUAAUGUAAUCCUAUUCACAUCCUAUUAAAACUGUUCUAUGAUAGGCUGGAAAAGAUGAUUUUGGAUUAAGCGAUAGCUCUAAACAUACGAGAUACUUAUAAAAGACCCACGGGUAGAACUGUUAGGGAUAAUUGUAGCAAAUUAAGUAUUUUCACAGUAAUACUACCUGCCUUUCAAUUAUAUAAUAAUAAUGUGAAGUUUCAUCUUUAUAUUGUAAAAUUGAAGAAAAAGACAUUGAAUAUAUUACAAGGGACCUGAAGACACAUUGAUGAUAACGGCCAUAGGAACAGUACCAUAUUUAUUUGGCAAUACGAUCAUGGCUUGUAAUAUAGAAAUUCCAAAUAUAAACAUGGCCUACACAGUUUUUAGAUAAAAUACCAAAUUGGGGAAUUGGGGGACUAUAUUAAAUAUGACAAAGUAGAUUUACAUAUUUUAUGACAAGACUAUUAUAUAAAGCAAAUUGUAGUCGAUAAUAUUGCCAUUUUAAUGCAUGUUUUUAAUACAAAGCUUUAAUUGUUGUUGUUGUUUAAUGCUUCAUGUAAUAAUUAUGGCUUAUACCUAUAAAAAAAAAUCCUGUAGCUAAAAAUUGCGAUACAUCUGGAGAAAAUCUCAGGUAAAUCUGUUGUUUUUCGUGAAUGAUUUCCAAAUUAGAGGUUGCUUAUUUUGAACAUUUUAUGAGUAAAUAGCAAAUGCAUAUCAAGAAAUUUUAAUAUGAAAGUUAUAUACAUUUUGUAAUUAUUUUUUGUAUUAGUUAUUUUGUUUGUUGCAAUAUGUUGGCAAAUUAUUGUGAAGUUACCACUAUAUCAAAAGAUAUGCGUUUUGCUUUCUAACAUCUUAGGUGCUAUUAAGAAGGGAUGAUUUUUAUGGAACUUGUGGAGAUGUGAAUUCUUAAAUAUCAUAUGUUGUAAUUCCCUCGGAGAGCCCAAAAAGUGGUUCCUUUACACUGGUGGUCUCUCAACACAGGUGGGCUUUUUAAAAGGAGGUGGCUUUAACAGGUGUGUCUGUGACUGAAAAUUGUGAGGAAUUUAUUGAAAGUUUUUUUUAAUUCCAAUUUUUAAUGAAUGAUUUUCCUAAUGCUUGUUUGAAUUUUCUUGCUAAAACAAUAACCUUGCUUGUUAGAAUUUUUUCUACAAUGGUUUUAAGUGAGUGAAAUAUGACAGGGGAAAACAUGACAUAUAAUAGAGUCAAGGUUACUUGUAUAUAAUUCAAUAUUUUUUUUUAGAUAUUAUUCCCUUCUUUUACCUAAGACAAUUUAAAGACACUUUGAGAUGUUUCUUGCACAUGUACAAAUCAUCUGUUGAUUCCUUUGAUUUGUUCUGGUUACUGGUUUAAAUUUUGUAUCUGUUUUAUGUUAUUCUUUGAGUAGAAAGAUAUUUACACAUUUAAGUAUAGAAGUCAGUGUCUGCAUUAUAAAGGGGUUUGGUGAUAAAUUGAAAGAGACAUAUCGAGAACUGAACAGAAAAAAGGGAAAGAAGACAUUGAAAAACAUAAGCAGUAAGCGAGUUGUCAACCAAACAAAAUGAGGAUCAUUUUAUGAAGGAUUUACUGUAUACUUGCUCAAAGUAUGUGCCAAAUUGAUGUUUUACUGUGUGAUGUUAUUGCUACACCAUGUUCUAUUGCAGCAGAUCUGGAAUUACGUACCUGGUUAAAAUGUCUUUUUCUGUUAAUACUUGUAAUAUGGAAAGCGUACUUUCAGGUUUACAAACUGAACCAUAAGUAACAUGUCUUGUUUAUUUACUAGAAACCUGGAAAAUAUGUUCUUUCUAUUUUCUGGCAUAUGCAUCUAUGUUAUUUUGAUAAUGAGUCUUAGAAGUAUGAAAAUAGCCUGUUCAGUAUUAUCAAGUCAUUGCCUUCGAGUUCAAAAGUGAAAGUAAAGCCCAUGGAAAAGAAGGAUAAACAAUUUUUGUAAUGCUAUAUAUAAAAUUAUUGCAUUGAAGCAGGUCCAUUCCGAAAAUAGUUGAUGAAAUCAUAUUCACUCACAGCUGUAUGUAAACAGAAGAUCUCUGGUGUUAAGUGUAAACUGUAGGAGAUUAAAUGGAGGUAAGUGGCAUGAGAGCAGGUAGUAUGUAAAUGAAAUUCUGGUACAUGGUAGCUGAUAACAAAUUGCUUUUUCUGAAAGGUUUUGUUUUCCCUUCCUUAAAUUCAAUAUUUACCAGGUAAAUUUUAAAAAUUGCAUUAAAUUAUUUGCUGUAUAUUAUGCAAUUUUCUGUUCUUAUAUAAUUUAUAUGUAAAAUUAUGUAAGUUACUAACAACCUUUUCUGUAUAUAAUGCAAUUUUCUCUUAUUAUAUAAAUGCUUAUAUAAAAAAUGAUGCAUGUGAUACAAGUAAUUGAUUCAGGAAUUUUAAAAUAAAGAA